GAAGGAGACAUUGCAUUGAUUACUGAGUACGCGUUUUUGGGCGGUGAUGUCACAAAAAAAGGACCCCUGCCAGAAAGCGGCUUGUGCGAUUCAGAAGUGCCUGCAGGAGAACAAUUACAAGGAGUCGCUGUGUCAGCCGGAACUUCAGGAAAUGCGGAUUUGUUGCUCCAGAAUACUCCCCCAGAAGUCCGCCUGCUGCUCCGGAUUCCACAGCCAGACGCCGACCGAUGGGAAAACCGAUCAUCAAUCCGUGAAGUGA